ACUUUUUCUUUCGAUUUUGUUACGAACAUGUAAUGGCGUCCAGUUCAGGGAGCCUUCAAAGACAAAACAAAGAUCCCCCAGACAAGGAAGCCAUUAUCAUGACUGGUGUGAGUGAUUUGAGGAUUGUUCUGCUGGGGAAGAAUGUAGCAGAAAACAGCAGAGUGGGAAACUUCAUCUUAGGAAGAGCAGCGUUUGAGAGUAAAACUCCUGCUGAUGUAGAGCUGCACACAGAGAAACACAGAGGAAAACUGAAGGACAGAGACGUCAGAGUCAUCAACGCUCCUCAACUGCUGCAACCAAAUCUGUCAGUCUCUCAGAUCACACAGGGAGUGAAAGAGUGUGUGGAUCUGUCUGCUCCUGGACCUCAUGUGAUCAUACUUGUCCUGCAGCAGAACGACUUCAGUAAGAAUGACAGAAACAGAGUGAAAUAUGUGCUGAAUGUAUUCAGUUAUGAGGCUCUUAAACACACUAUAGUGUUGAAUAAUGAUGAAGAGAUACACAAUGACACAAUUCAUCAAUUCAUAAAAGAGUGCAGAGGUGGACAUCUUCAGUUCGAUGAAAGAAAAUCAGGAUUGCACUCUGAGGUACUUGAAAGAGUUCAGAAGAUACUCAAAGAAAACCAGGUCCAAUUUCUUAUCUGUGACUUGUAUGAGGAAGCAAGAGAAGCAUCAGAGGAUGAAGAGCAGAGCAGAUCUAGAAGUUCAGUCACAGCAGAAGAAGAGGGAGAUCUUGAUCUUGAAGAUGAUGGAAAAAUCAAACAGAGCAACAAAGAGAAAAAGGAAGUUGCUUUCCAAAGAAAUAACUUGUUGGCAGAGAGUGUCAAUGUUUUGCCGAAGCUGAAUGUGGUUCUGUGUGGGAGUGACAGAAGAUUAAAAGCAUCCAUAUCAAACCUUCUCCUGGACCGGAGAGACAGAAGACCCGAGCUCAUCUCAGAGUGUGUGAAGCUGGAAGGAGAAGCUCAUGGACGUCUGAUCUCUCUGGUGGAGCUUCCAGCUCUGACUCCACUCUCACAGGAGGAAGUGAUGCGUCAGGCUCUCCGCUGUGUGUCUCUCUGUGAUCCUGGAGUUCAUGUUUUCCUCUUCAUUAUUCCUGAUGGUCCACUUACUGAUGAAGACAAAACAGAAACAGAGAAGAUCCAAAAAAUAUUCAGCUCUAAGAUCAACAUCCACACCAUGGUCCUCAUAAUCCAGAAGUCAGAGCAUGAGACAGAAGAACAGAAUGAAACAACGAAGUCUGUCAUUGAGUGUUUUGGGGGAAGACAUAAUUUCCUUGGUCCAAACCCACAAGUGUCCGUGUUGGUGACUAAACUGGAGCAGAUGAUGGAAGAAAAUUAUGGAAUUAGUUUUUCCACAGAAACAUUUUUGGAUGCACAAAUAGAGAAAUUUGAAGAAAUGAGUAAGAAAAUAAUCUCAUUAGACACACAGAUUCAACAGCAAGAUUCAAGAGAGGUUUCAGAUGAUGUGAGGAUUGUCCUGCUGGGAAAAACUGGAGUUGGGAAGAGUGCAACAGGAAACACCAUCUUAGGGAGAGAAGUAUUUAAAGAAGACAUGUCUCAAGAGUCCAUUACUAAAGAGUGUCAGAGAGAGACGGCUGAAAUUGAUGGCAGACAGAUUACUGUGAUUGACACUCCAGGACUGUUUGAUACUAAACACAGUCAUAAAGAGAUCCAGACAGAAAUCAGCAACUGCAUCUCCAUGAUUCUGCCUGGACCACAUGUGUUUCUGUUACUGAUACCACUGGGACGUUUCACUCAGGAGGAGGAAAAUGCUGUCAAGAUCAUUCAAGAGACUUUUGGUGAAAACUCCCUAAUGUACACUAUGGUGCUCUUCACCAGAGGAGAUGAUAUAAAGAAGAAGACCAUUGAAGACUACCUGGGAAAACCAGGAUCUGCUUUGAUGAACCUUAUCGGACAGUGUGGAAACAGAUACCAUGUGUUCAAUAAUAAUGAGACAAGAGACCGUAUGCAGGUGUCUAUAUUACUGCAAAAAAUCAAUGAUAUCUUGACAACAAAUGGAGGAAGUUAUUACACAUGUAAGAUGUUCAAGCAGAUGGAAAAAGAAAAACAAGAAGCACAGAUGAAGAUGCUAAUGGACAAAGUGGAACAACUGAACAGAGAGAGAGAAGAACUGCUGGUCAAACAUGAAAAAGAGAAUGAAAAAUUGAAGAUGAAGUUGAAGAAAGAUGGAAAGAAUCAUGGUGCAGAGAAGAAGAGAAGAGGAGAAGAAGAAUUUAAAAAGAUUGAAGAACAAUACAAAACAAAACAAGAGAAACUGGAGGCAAAGCUACAAGAGGAAAUACAGAGAAGGGAAGAAGAGGAUGGGACAAGGAGGAAGAAAGAACAAAACUUAAGGGAUGAAUGUGAUGAAAAAAUUAAAAAAGAAAGAGAGGAAAUCAAGAGAGAAAAGGAGAAAAUAGAAAGAGAGAAAGAAGAUCUUCAGGACAAACAUAAAGUAGAAAUAGAAAAGAUGAAGAAGAUGAUGGUUGAAGAAAUACAGAAUCAUAACAAAGAGAAGAGUAGAAAAUUGGAAGAAUUUAGUGAAAAAAAUAAAAGAUACAGUAAAGAGAUAAAAGAAAAGGAGGAACAAAUGCAGAAACAUCAGGCGGAAAUGCUAAAACAACAUGAGAUGCUCUCAAAGGCAAUCCAGCAUGAGAAAUCUCUGAGAGAACAACAAUGUAAAAUGUACGAAGACAAAAUGGAGUCAAUAGAACAACAGAAGCAAGAUGAACUAAAGAGACUAAAACCACCGGACAAUGAAGAAGACAUAAGAAAAGACAUAGAGAACAUGAAAAUGUGCUGCUCUCAAACAGCCUCUUCUCUAAAGAAAGAUGAAACUGGUCAAAGCCCAAAGGUUGGACAAAAACCCAAUGAACAGCUCGAAGAACUCUAUGAUAGACUAGAUCUGAAAAAAAGACAUCAAGAUAAAAUGAAAACAGCAGACAUUCUUCAAAUCACCAAGUCUUCAUUUCAGUCUCAGGAGCCACAGGAAGAGAAUAAACUGGUAAACUCAUUCCUACAAAAGCUGAUUAACAUGGACUACAGAGCAAGAUACACAGUCAUAAAACACAGAAAGAAAGAAGGUAAAAAAAAUAAAGCAAGCUACAACCCUGAUAUUCACCCAAUGGAUGUUCAGAUGGCCGUGUUUCAUUGUGCUGAUGGUUUCCUGAAGCAGUUGAUGGUGACUAAACUCUCUCAGUGUCAGUAUUCACUGCCUCUGCUUGUUCCUGAUCCAUUUACACAGCAGAUUGAGUUUCCUCUCUGGACAUUAAGUCAAAUCGACAAGAGCUGGAAAAAGAAAGACUCCAAUAAUGAAAUCAUCAGUCAAACUCAACCGGUCUACAAGGCUGAGACCCCAAUGGUGGCUUUCUUCAGGUUUGGUUCAGUGUCUUCCUCUAAGUCUCAGCUGAUAAACAGCCUCAUCAACGAGAAACACCACACGUUCUUCCACAGGAACUGUUCAGGCAGCAGCAGAACCAGAUUACUGAUGGACGGAGUGGUGGAGAUCGCCUGGUACUGCCCAUCUGGGAAAAAGACAGAUUCAUUUGAUGACUGUGUUGCUUUCUGUAAUCUUCAUGGUGAUGCUGCAGCCAAUGAGAAACAAUAUGAGAUUCUGACCAGUAUGGCUACCAUGAACAUCCUCUUCUUACCAGAUUUUGGACAGAAGAACCACUACAAGGGUUUGGUGAGAUCACUCUUCAAAUCUCCUCUGCCUAUCAUUUGUCUGCUCACUGACAAUAACUGUGAUGAAACUGAACUGGGGAAUGGCAAAUUCAUAAUUGGGCUUUUGGACAAAAACCUAUCUGAUGUAUCUAAUCAGAUAAGGGAGAUGAUCAGAGUGAGUUUGAGCAAGCAGAAAAUUACCUUCAAAGUUGAAGAUGUGGCCAAACACACAGGAAUAAGAGUAGAUGAGGAGGAUCCAGCGUGUUCGAGAGGGAAAGAGGCAGCGGAUCAGAUCAUGGGAUUACUGAGAGGAAAGGAUCCAUCAACAGUGAAAGAAACAAACCUGCCCUGUCAGGGGAAACUGUGGCAUGACUGGUGUAAAAUCAACAAAGAGCUGCAUCAUCUAGAAGGAGAAAAUCUAGAGGAAGAUAAAAGUACCAAACUCAAGAUCAUGAGAGAAAUAAGAGAAAACCAAGUGGCCCAAGGACGGAGUGAGUUCAUGAAAACAUUUAUUGAAACAAUGAAAUCACAGAGAGACAAUGAAAAGAACUAUGUCCUCAGAUGGAUGAUGAACCUGUUGAAUGACUUCACUUCAGAGAAGCUCUUAAGACUUCAUAAAGAGUAUGACAAGAAAUGGCAUGAACUCUCAGCACUGAAAAAAAGGCCUGAUAAACUAGAUCAACUGCAGCAUGAACAAACAAACCUGGAAAACAUAUCAGAGCAAAUUAAUAGAACAACAUUUGGCUUGGAGCACAUCCUGAGAGAGUUUGGUCAGAUCUAUGAAUCGUGGUCAUCUGUGAAGAAGUACAAGAAAAACAAUCUGCAGUUUGACUUCUGUUCUCUCCCGAGUCUUGCAGCAGAGAUGAUGAUCUCUGGAUUUCCAAUGGAGCUGAUGGAUGGAGAUGCUGCUCAUAUUCCUCUGACCUGGGUCACUGCUGUUCUAGAUGAACUUGUUAAGAAACUGGGAAAGAAGACCAGAAUCUUUGUACUGUCUAUUCUAGGGAUUCAGAGCUCUGGGAAAUCCACCAUGCUGAAUGCCAUGUUUGGACUGCAGUUUGCCGUCAGUGCUGGAAGAUGCACUAAAGGAGCUUUCAUGCAGCUGGUCAAAAUAUCAGAGGAGAUGAAAACUGAGCUGAAGUUUGACUAUAUUUUGGUUGUUGAUACAGAAGGACUUCGUGCACCAGAACUGGCUGGAAGGUCAACAACACAUCGUGACAAUGAAAUGGCCACAUUUGUUGUUGGUCUUGGAAAUAUGACCCUGAUCAACAUCUUUGGAGAAAACCCAUCUGAGAUGCAGGACAUCCUUCAGAUUGUUGUUCAGGCCUUCAUGAGGAUGAAGAACGUCAGACUGAAACCCAGCUGCAUAUUUGUUCACCAGAAUGUCUCUGAUAUCACAGCUGGAGAGAAAAACAUGGAGGGAAGGAGACGACUGCAGGAGAAACUGGAUGAAAUGACAAAAAUCGCUGCUAAAGAGGAAAUAUGUGAUGCAGAAGGAUUCAGUGAUGUGAUUGCGUUUGAUGUACAGAAUGAUGUGAAGUAUUUUGCUCAGCUGUGGGAGGGCAGCCCACCCAUGGCACCACCAAACCCAGACUACUGCGAGAACAUUCAAGAACUGAAGCAAACUAUUCUUAAACACGCUUCAAAAUCAGAUGGCAUAAUGCUGACGCACCUAAGAGACCGUACUAAAGAUCUCUGGGAAGCUUUGCUUAAUGAACAAUUUGUGUUCAGCUUCAAAAAUUCUCUGGAAAUCUCAACAUACAAGAAACUAGAGACUGAAUACAGCAAGUGGGCCUGGAGCCUUCGGAGUGCCAUGCUGGACAUUGAAAACAAGCUUCACAACAAAAUAGAAAAUGAAGCAAUUCAUGACAUUGACGAAUUUUAUCUUGAAAGAGAACUGAAUGCAAAAAGUGAAGAAGUGAAAAAGACAAUGACUGAAUUCUUUAAGAAAGACAGAGACGCAGCUGUACUGAAUCAGUGGAAAGGUUUCUUUGAGAUAAAAAUCAAACAGCUUCAAGAAAACAUUGUGAGAGAAACUAAGAGGAAAUUAAAUGGGGUUCUUCAGCAGCGUCACCUGAAGAAAAAGAUUGAUGCUGAGAGGACACAUCAUGAAAACACACUCUUUGAAAAGAGCAAAGAACUUGUCUUAAAAUUCAAAGAACAAGCAAAUGAUGAAAAUUUCAUGAAAACACAGUUUGAUUCCUUUUGGAAACAACAGACAGCUGAGAUCAUCAGAGACACUCCUUUAGUCAAAGAUAUUGACAUAUUAAAGGAUGUGAAAAUGCUGUUCAGUGAGACCCAUGCAAGUCUUCCUUUAGACCGUAUGAAAGAGAGCAGUAAGCAGAAAGAUAUGAUCUCUUUGCCAAGCUAUUCAAAAUAUGUACAUUUGAAGAAAUCCAGUGGAUAUACAGCACCUUUAAAAAAUAUGCUCAAAGGAGCUAAAGAGAUGUUUGGUCACGUUUUAUCUAAAGAGGAUGAAGCCCAGAUAAGAUCUUUAAUCACAGACAUCGCUGAACACACAGAUAAAAUGAUUCAAUCAUAUAACAUUUCAAAGAUGGGCUACAACAACAGCUACAUUCAACAACUUGUAGAUUACAUAAAGACAAGAAUAAUGCAGCACGAGGAAGAACCAAAUGUGAAAUAUGUGUUUAAGAGUGAAUUCUUCAUGGAUCUGGUACUUUUCAUAUGUCACAGAACAAACAAGACAUUCACUGACCAGUACAAAAUGUUCAGGGAAGCCAAUGAUCCUGUUCUUUAUUUUGAGAGGAAAAGUCAGGAGUACAUUAGAAUUUUUCAGAAAUACUGUAAAGGAGCUAAAUCAGCUACUAUCUUUGGUGAUUUUGUUUGUAAUAAACUUAAAGAGCCCAUUCAGCAGAAUAUCUACAAAAAAACUGCCAGAGAUUUAGCAGAUGAAAUGAGAACAAACUGUGAAUCACUAAAUGGAAACAGAUCAAAACUGGAGAAACAUAUCUUGAGAACAUUGGCAGAAGAGGAGGAUUUUGAUGCAUACAUCACAUACAUUAAAAAUCCCAAAGAACACUUCAAGGAUUUCAUCAGAGAUGAAGUCAGUCAAUAUAUCACUGAAAGAUUUGAAGAUAGUGUUCGACCCAAGAUGGAAAAUAGCAUUAAACUGCUGGAGCAGAAGAUCACAAACGCAGCACAUGAAUCCACUAAACAUGUUAAAGAGACUAAUGGAGAAGCUGAUCAGUGGUUGUGUCAUUUCACACAACAACUCUCUGAUGAGCUGGUAUUCUCUGUAAGGGACCUCACUGGAGUGAAUCAUGAUGAUGUUGAUGUCAGCUUCCUAGAAGAAGUGAUAAAGAAAGAACUUCCUUCUAUAAUAUCUGACAUACGCAGUAAAUUCAGCACAGAAACGUUCCCAGUAAAGCUGGAACACACAGACAGACCAGAUGAGCUUCUGAUCGAUCACCUCUGUCAGUGCUGUUGGGUUCAGUGUCCUUUCUGUGGAGCGAUCUGCACAAACACAAUAGAAGACCAUCCUGGAGAUCACAGUGUUCCUUUCCAUCGUAAUACUGGACUGAAUGGGUGGCGUUACAGAGGAACAACAAACCUAUCUCUCAGCAUCUGCACAUCAGCAGUAGCCAGUGAUCGAUCUUUCUAUCCAAAAAGCUCAGAUGAUACAGUCCUCUGGAAGCAAUACAGAAAAGGAGGUCCUAAAUAUUCUGCAUGGAGUAUCACCCCUGAUCUCUCUGAGCUGCCGUACUGGAAGUGGUUUGUGUGUGAAUUCAAGAAAGAUCUGGAAAAGCACUAUGGAAAAACCUAUCAGGGACGUGGCCAGAUUCCAGCUGAAUGGAGAAGAUACUCUCAAGAGGAAGCUAUUGAGAGUCUGGAUGAAUACAUUUAAUGAAACAAUGAACAAGGACUCUGAUACACAAUACACAGCUGAAAUGAGAUUAUGUCCCACACUUCAGUGAACGUUGCAUAUACUAAACUAAAUAUAGCGUAUUGAA